AAGUAAAAACACACCCGGAAUCGCUCAAGAGGACCAAUCAGAUCCCACUACAUCGGUUGACAUGAGGCGGGACUCGCGUCACCGGUGGAGGUCGGAUGUCGCCUGACCGGAUGAUAGCGAGAAGUUUUGUUUUACUAAAGUGGAAGUGUCUGAAAGGUGGAAACUGAACAGUUGUUAAGUAACCCGAGCGCCCUGCUGCUGUAAGCCCGUUCCUGUGCGCUGAGAGACGGCCAGAAACCAUGGGCAACCGGGGGAUGGAGGAAUUGAUCCCCCUGAUCAAUAAACUUCAAGAUGCUUUCAGUUCAAUCGGCCAAAGCUGUAACUUGGAUCUGCCGCAGAUAGCCGUGGUGGGAGGACAGAGCGCCGGAAAAAGCUCCGUGCUGGAAAAUUUCGUCGGCAGGGAUUUCCUUCCUCGUGGCUCAGGCAUCGUCACCCGCAGGCCUCUCAUCCUGCAGCUAGUUAACAACAAAGCUGAAUAUGCAGAGUUUUUGCAUUGCAAAGGGAAAAAGUUUGUGGACUUCGAUGAGGUCCGGACGGAAAUCGAAGCGGAGACGGACAGGAUAACCGGGUCCAAUAAGGGCAUCUCUCCUAUUCCCAUCAACCUGAGAGUCUACUCUCCGAAUGUAUUGAAUUUGACUCUCAUUGAUUUGCCCGGCAUGACCAAGAUUGCUGUGGGCGACCAGCCGCCAGAUAUCGAGCACCAGAUUCGAGACAUGAUUCUGCAGUUCACCACUAGGGAGAGCUGUCUGAUCCUGGCCGUCACGCCGGCCAACACUGACCUGGCCAACUCGGAUGCCCUCAAGAUGGCUAAAGAGGUGGACCCUCAAGGACUGCGUACUAUUGGUGUGAUCACUAAACUGGACCUUAUGGAUGAGGGCACGGACGCCCGAGAUAUCCUGGAGAAUAAACUCUUACCACUGCGCAGAGGUUAUAUUGGUGUGGUGAACAGGAGUCAGAAGGAUAUAGAUGGCAGGAAGGAUAUUCGUGCUGCACUGGCAGCAGAGAGGAAGUUUUUCCUGUCACAUCCCAGUUACAGACACAUGGCUGAAAGAAUGGGAACACCUCACCUCCAGAAGACCCUGAACCAGCAAUUGACCAACCACAUAAGGGACACGUUGCCCGGCUUACGCAGUAAACUUCAGUCCCAGCUGCUCUCUCUGGAGAAGGAGGUUGAGGAGUAUAAAAACUUCCGCCCGGAUGAUCCGACGCGAAAGACCAAAGCUUUGCUACAGAUGGUCCAGCAGUUUGGAGUGGACUUCGAGAAGUGCAUUGAGGGGUCCGGAGACCAAGUGGACACUGCAGAGCUCUCCGGAGGUGCUAGGAUCAACCGAAUUUUCCACGAGCGUUUCCCCUUUGAGUUGGUCAAGAUUGUGUUUGAUGAGAAGGAGCUACGGCGAGAAAUCAGUCACGCCAUUAAGAACGUCCAUGGUGUCAGAACUGGCCUGUUCACACCAGAUCUGGCGUUUGAAGCCAUCGUGAAAAAGCAGAUCAUUAAGCUGAAAGAGCCCUGUCUGAAAUGUAUCGAUCUGGUCAUUCAGGAGCUCAUCAACACGUUCAGGCAGUGCACCAGCAAGCUUAACUCGUACCCCAGACUGCGAGAGGAAACCGAGAGGAUUGUCACUACUCACGUCAGAGAAAGAGAAGGCAAGACCAAGGACCAGGUCCUUCUGCUGAUCGACAUCGAGCUGUCGUACAUCAACACCAACCAUGAGGACUUCAUUGGAUUCGCAAAUCUUGACUUCAGACGGAUGGAUGAUGGUACCCUACCGGGGUACGGCAACAACAGUGCCCAGCAAAGGAACGUUGUCAACAAGAAGAGGGCCAUUCCCAACCAGCUUUAUGGCCUGAGAGAAGGUGAAGCUGAGAAGGUGAUCCGUAAAGGUUGGCUAACCCUUAACAUCAGCAUCAUGAAGGGAGGCUCCAAGGACUACUGGUUCGUUCUUUCGGCCGAAUCCCUUUCCUGGUACAAGGACGAAGAGGAAAAAGAGAAGAAAUACAUGCUUCCUCUGGAUAACCUGAAGCUGAGAGAUGUGGAGAAAGGCUUCAUGUCCACCAAGCACAUUUUUGGUAUCUUCAACACCGAGCAAAGGAACGUUUAUAAGGACUUGCGUCAGAUCGAGCUGGCUUGUGACACGCAGGAGGACAUGGAUAGCUGGAAAGCCUCUUUUCUGAGAGCAGGCGUUUAUCCUGAGAAAGAUCAGGUGGAGUCUGAAGAUGCGGGCCCUGUUGACAGCUUCUCCAUGGACCCUCAAUUAGAGAGACAGGUGGAAACCAUCCGUAACUUGGUGGACUCCUACAUUGGGAUUGUCAACAAGACCAUCAGAGACCUCAUGCCCAAGACUAUCAUGCAUCUCAUGAUCAACAACGCUAAAGACUUCAUUCAUUCAGAGCUGCUGGCGUAUCUGUACUCAUCAGGAGAUCAGAACAGUCUGAUGGAGGAGUCCGUUGACCAGGCCCAGCGCAGAGACGAGAUGCUGCGUAUGUACCACGCCAUCAAAGAGGCACUCAACCUCAUCGGUGACAUCAGCACCAGUACAAUAUCCACGCCAGUGCCUCCGCCCGUAAACGACAGCUGGAUACCAGAGACGAGCCCCACCCCCCAGCGCGGACCGGCCUCAUCAGCCCCGCCCCCCAGCAGGCCUCCAGCAGUGCGUGGUUCUGCACCAGGCCCACCUCCUCUUAACCCCACCUCCUCAUAUGUAGUUCCGCCCAUUCCUUCUCGGCCAGGCCAACCUAUGAAUGCCUUCGGCAACAGCGGCCACGAUCCUUUCAGUGCCCCUCCUCAGAUUCCCUCUCGGCCUGCACGUGUGCCGCCCGGCAUCCCAAGCAGAAGACCCCCUGGCGCUCCCAACCGGCCCACCAUUAUCCGCCCUGCCGAGCCCUCUCUGCUAGACUAGACCUGUGUGCUGGGCACCCAUAA